AUGCCGCCGCCAACACCCUCACCCGACGAUCCCGACCCGUCGUCAUCCAGUCCUGCUGCUGCUGCCACCGCCGCACGCCGGGCUUCUGCCGCCGCAAAACAACGAGAUGGGGGCGGCUUCGCAACGCCGCCCAACCGUAAGGCCUCCGCUGGCCUGACGCCCAAGAGCGCGCCCGCAGGAGCAGGCGUGGGAGCCGGACCCGGAACUGGACCGGGCCACGCGCGCAAGGCCUCCGCCUCGAAGAAACCAGAGCCCACCCUCCUCAGCGACUUCCUGCUGGGCCGGCCGUCGCCAGCAAGGGUGGCGGCCGCGCGGAGGAAGAGCGUCGGCGCCGCGGCCGUCAAGGCCGAGGUCAACCAACAGAUGCGCCAGGAGUCGGUGCGCAAGAUCCAGCAGCCGGGCGGCGUGCAGGCGCGCGUCAAGGCCUGGCAACGCUCGAAUGCCGCCGCCAUGGUGAGGGGCGACCCCGACGAGGCGGCCAGCGAACCCACGGAGAUCCUGGUGCAGGUUGAUGCCGAGAGCGUGACGGAGGAGGAUCGUGUGCGGAUCAAGUCGCGACAGAAAACAAAGAAGAAGCCCUCCCCGGAUAGAUCAGCGGAGAUUGACCGGGAGAUGGAGACGAAUGAUGAUGAGGGAGGGAUGGAGGCCAUUCCGAAGGACCCAAGACUACGUGGUCCUCCUAAAAGGAGAAUCAUUAGUGAUGAGCAUUGGAUGAAGGGCCGGAAGGGAAAGAGUCCGCCAAGGGUCAAAACAAAACCAGAAGCGAGUCCUUCCCCGAUACCGAAGGAUUUCCUACAGAAAACGGCCCAAAAUCCGUCUAUACAGAACAAGAUCAAGGACUGGGCCACAAGAGUGGAAGUCCCCGAGACGCCAAAGUCGGCGCCUCCGAAAACACGAAAAUACUCCACAAAGAGCGGUGACACUGUAGAGGUGGAAGAAGAUGGAGCGAGUGGCCGGACUCAGAGCGAGCGGGCUAGCAGCAGUGCGAGAACCGGCGAUGAUGGCAUCCGUGUGCGGCCCAUGAAGCCGAGGAAACCAGAUGGCGGCGACGAUGGCAUCCGAAUCACGCCCCAAAGGAAGAAAGACACUUUUGAUGACGGUAUUCGCGUGAAGCCACUAAAACCUACACCUCUGCCCGAUGAUGGAAUUAGAGUCCGUCCAAGUAGGAAAGUCUCGGUGGACGAGAUUACAGUACGCCCGACCUCAACGAGGAGGACAUCCGGGGAGCGGAGCACCCGCGUUCCCAGCACCAGGAGAGAUCAGUCCCCAUCAACACGAAUCGAAGUCAUCGAAGAGCCAGAAUCGGGACCUGAGACUCCUACGAGGAAGUCGAGGUCGCGGCACAAGGCCAAGAUGAGGCGUGGUGCCACUGCACCAAGCUUCACCGAAACACAAACAGAACAGACAGAGAAUGUCUCGGACAGCCAGUCUUGGUCAGAUGAGUCCGGCUCGAAGCUGUCUGAUGAACCGUCUAGUGCUCCCGCAAAAUCGCUGGCUGAGAUCCCCUUUGGAAACUCUGCUUUCAGUGAACUCGACCUGCCCCUCGGCGCUGAUCAUCACUUCAUCAAACGGCCGAAGGCACAGAGGAAUAAUAGCUUCAAAGCCGUGCCCAAGGUCUUCAAAAAAGUUGUUACUGGCGCUAAAGAGAUCAUCCAUGAUAGAGUGGCAGAGCCGCCAAAACCAGUUGUGAACCAGCCGCCAAGCAUUGAGAGUUGGCUGAACGGCACAGUCGACCCCUUUGUGGAGAAGACUACACCGAAGAGGAAGUCGAUCGAGAAAGAAUGGGAGAAAGAUGUGAGACGGCGGUCCUCGUCGGAAGUUCGACAGAAGGAGGCUCCCGCACCAGCCCCUGCUGAAGUUGAAGAGCUUGAAGACCAGGAGAAUGCUGAUCCCAAGGUUCAAGAGACCAAAGAAGAAACGCCAAAGAAGGAGUCGCCCACAACUCCUAAAUCAGGCGGUCUGAAGAGAAGCCGAGCAACUAGAAGCGGCUCGUCUCCCUUCAAGUCUGGCGGCAAGAAACCCUUGCGUGAAGCGCUCAAGGAUGUUUUCCGCGGCGAGUCAAGCGGCCAUAAGCUUCCUCCCAUGACGUAUCCCAGCGUCGAAGACGACAAAGGCGCUGAAGAUGACUAUGAUGACGAGUCUUCCCGGGGAAAUACGCGCCGUCGCUCUUCUGGAUCGCGACGAAGAUCUCCGUCUCCGGAGACACUUUCAACGGUUACAUCAACUGACGCUAGCACUGAGGGCCCUUUCAUGACGGGCGCGCUACCAAGGCGAAAGCCGCCCACCAAUGGUCAGCAUGAGCUGUCGACAAUCGUAUCAGGGGAUUCCUUCAGCACUCAUGACUCUGAGACCAUGUCAACACUAUCCCAGACGACCAUCACGCAGACAACGGCACUUACUAGGUCCACCGAUCUGUCGCGUCAAAAGAGCCAGAAAUCAGGAUUGAAGCGAAGAUUAACCAAGCAUUCCGACCUCGUUUCCGUUCUGUCUCUGCCAGACAAUGCUGAUGUCCCAGCUCGCGCUAAGAGCAUAAAAUCAACUCGCAAUCUUCGAAGAAAGACGAGUAAACUCGAGAAUGCAACUCUUGAUGACCUUUUGAGAGAAUUUGCAGAUGAUGAGCACUUCUAUCAAAGGGAAUUGAAGACCUUGGUUGAUGGUGUUGUCCCUGUCCUGCUUACCCAAGUGGUUCACAAUAAUGCUUCCACUACUGACCUCUUCGGACCCACUGUUGGUGAUAAUAAGGUAGACAUCAUGGGCAAGGCUGUGGUAAAUAUGGGCGUUGCCUUGGAGAGGCUUAAAAAUUCGCACAAGCGGGUCCCCCUGAAUGAUGUCCACCAUCUUCUUGCCUGGCUGGACAGUGUUUACCCUCUUUAUGACCACUACCUUGACGUCUGGCGUCUGGGUUUUCAAGGCCUGAUUGUCAACUUGGCUCCCUCUGGUCGUCCAGACGAUGAAGACUCUUUGAUCAACGCCAUGGAUCGAAACGAGGAUGGAGAUGUCCUGGAUGAGAAUGGUGAGCGUGUCGAUGUUGCUCACCUUCUCAAGCGGCCCCUUGUCAGGAUCAAAUGGAUGCACAAGCUCCUCAAGGGCGCCAAAACCCUUGGCAUAGCACGAGCGGAUCUUGACAAGGCUAUUGCCAAAUUUGAGGCUCUUCAAGAGAAAGCCCGGCGCAGACACAAAGAAGAGACUGCUCGGAAGACAGAUGAGGAUGCAGCCAAUACUGACACGACUGGGUGCUCUGACCUCAGAACCCUAAGGCCAAUGGAUGGGGUGCUCAUUGAUCCCUCUCGACAGGUCAACGCAAAGGAUAGCUUCUCCCUUGACCUUGUGCACUCGAAUGGACAACGGCUCGAGUGUCAGGUCGAGCUCAUUUUCCGAGACAAAGUCGAAGACCCUUCAGACCAUGGAGAUGUGCUCAUACGCGAGACCGGUAACGGCCGCAUUAGCCUUCUUUUCCCUCCCAUCCCGGCUUCAGCCAUGUCGGCUCGCAAAGGUGAUGACUUCGGAACUCUGGUUGUCAUGGUUCGAGGACGACAUAACAGCUUGGAAUGGUACGAGCUACUUUCUCUCACUUCCGAUAAUGACGAGCAAGUCACGGAUUGGCUCGAUAUCUUAGCUACAACCCCAAUUCCUCCUACUUCUCCUCGACCUGCAUCACACUCACGGCCAACUUCCUCUUCUUCGCCAAAGGUCGUGGACAUUGACACACCCCUUGACGAGCUCGACGAAGUCGAUGUACCUGACACGAUGCCGGCUAUCAGCAUCAAGCCCCCUGCAGAAUCUGCCAUUGAGUCUGUGGUCUCAGACAACAGUCUUACCCCAUCAAACUCUGCUUCUCAGGCUGGUGUAUCAGGCCUGAAGCAAGAUGAGCCCGAAUUCUCUUUCAAGGCCAUUGCUUCCGUCUCGUACUGGUCAAAUAAGAAGGGUCAGUGGAAGGAACUAUGGCAUGAAGCCUGCUCUGUCGUUCUCUGGGCCGGUCUUGUCGAAGCUCACCCACUCAAUGCUAUUCUCUCCGGAAAGCGAGGCGCGCUGCAGUCAUCAGGUGCCUCAGAGCUUGGCAACGCCGACGUGGAUGCUGGAGCCGUUCGCCCUCUCAUUGCUCUUGAUCUCACUCCCCUGGUUAUGCUCCGGGCCAGUAACUUCCUUGACCUUGAGGUCCGCUCUCCUGUCCGUUCCUACUCCAAGUUGAGCAAUAUCGACGGCACAAUCUUCCGCUUUCGAUCUCCCACUGUUGCUGAGAGCAAGGCACUUUACUUUGCUUUCCACAAAUCCCGGCUUGAGAAUGCCAAAUACAAAGCUUUAGAGGAAGAAGCUCGUAUUCUUUCUUUCGGCCAACAACAAGUUCAACAGGAUGCAGACGGGCAGAGCAGCAGCAGCCGUAGACGGAGCUGGUUCGGCCGCCGGAAUAGUUAUCGGGCGUCGACUCGUGCUCCAUCUCAGUCGCAAGGCAGCUCGUCUAGUGUAUCUGCACCAAGCUUGCUUAAGCGUCUGACUGGCGGAGCAAACUCCUCCUUCAAUAUCGACAAGUCUUCUGUCGACCGACACAGCCGUGCAGGUUCUGGCAGUGGUGGCGGAUCUCUCUACACAAGUGGCUCUUCAUCGGCUGGAGGCGGCACACCACCUCGUUCACCAUCCGUAAGCAUAGCGGAGACCAGUCGUACCAGAGUCCUUGGCUCCGAUAAUCUCAAGAUCCGUUGCCAUCUUUUGGUCUCGCCUACGAAGUGGGAAGACCACGGCAACUGCUACUUGCAAAUCACACGGCCGCCUCCAGGCAUGCGACAGGAGCUGCGGGUAUACCAUGGCAUGGAAAAGCGCGUGAUCGUGACGAGCAUCCCCAAGAAAGAGAGCGAGAAACCCUUGAUCGUGUUGGAUGUUGUCCUCGGCAGUGGAUGCUUUAGUAAACUCGGCGCCCGCGGCAUCAUCCUUCAGGUUUGGGAGGAUCUCCGCGAUGAGCAGAACAAUGUGGGCGUCGUCCCGGCCAAGGGCGGCCUGAGCGGUUCCGUGAAGAAGUGGUGCUUCCAGUGCAGCAGCGCCGCCGAAGCCAACUGGAUCUUCGGCCUGGUUGCGCAGGAAGUCUCCUUCAAUCCCUUUACUAUCUGA